ACGGAAGCCGAAGACACAGCAUCGACUGCUCCAGAUUCGAAAGAAGAUUCCAAUGCAACUUCGGCUGUCGAAGAAGAAAGUGAUGGAACUACGAAAAAAGGCGGACGCCCUCCGUUCAAGUUCAACAUGGCUGAUGGUGGAUUCACCGAGUUGCAUACGUUAUGGGUGAAUGAGGAAAAGGCCGCUGUUCCUGGUAACGAAUAUGAGAUUUGGCAUCGCAGGCAUGACUACUGGCUCCUUGCCGGCAUCGUGCAGUAUGGUUACGGGCGGUAUCAAGACAUUCAAUUGGAUCCCCGUUUUGCCAUAAUCAAUGAGCCAUUCCGACAGGAACAAGGAAAAGGGAAUUUCCUAGAAAUCAAAAACAAGUUUUUGCAAAGACGUUACAAGUUGCUUGAGCAAGCACUAGUGAUUGAAGAGCAACUCCGGCGUGCCGCCUACAUGAACCUGCAAAAUAGCACAACUGAUGGCACUGCACAAUUAGCUCAAAGAUUCGCUGAUAUAGAAAACGUGGCCGAUUCGCAUGCGAACGUCGCUAAGGAUUCUGCCGCUGGUAAUCGAAAUGCGAAUGCUGUCCUCCAUAAAGUAUUGAAUCAACUGGAGGAACUGCUGUCGGAUAUGAAGGCAGAUGUUUCUCGUCUCCUGCUAAACUCUGUCGAGCAAAACGUUCCGACUGUUUAA